AAGUUAGGCUACCUGCAGUUUUCUUAGGAGGGAAGUAUGUUGGCGGGGCCGAGGAGAUCAAGGAGAUGAAUGAGAGUGGUGAGUUGAGUAAGCUGAUUGAAUGGCAGCCAUAAGAUCUACUCUGAGAAGCAUGGGUUUAGGACCUGCACAUCCGGUCUGAUUAAGUGCGGCCUAUGUUAUCCCGCCUAUGUUAUCCCGUGCAAUGUAAACGGUCUGAUUAAGUGCGGCAUAUGUUAUCCCGUGAAGCGGCGACAUUUAGAGUUCUUCUUCUCUUUUUGCUCUACCGGAACUUUAUUUUGUGCUGGUCGCUCAACGACGAAGGUUUAGCGUUAUUGAAGUUUAGAGAAAGAAUAGUGAGUGAUCCGUACGACGCGUUGAAGAAUUGGAAGGAUGAGGAUGGAGUUGUUAAUCCGUGUUAUUGGUUUGGAGUUGAGUGCUCUGAUGGCAAAGUUGUCGAAUUGAACUUGAAAGAUCUUUAUCUUGGAGGAACACUAGCACCUGACCUCAGAAACCUUGUUCGCAUAAAGUCUAUCAUUUUGCACAACAAUUCUUUUACUGGCAUCAUUCCUGAAGGGAUUGGAGAGUUGAAGGAGUUGGAGGUGCUAGAUUUUGGAAAUAAUAACUUCAGUGGGCCACUCCCUCCCGUCCUUGACAGUAGUCUCUCUUUGACAAUCCUUCUCCUGGACAACAACAGGCUUCUCAGCAAUUUAUCACCUGAAAUUCAUCGACUAGAAACACAUUCUGAAUUUCAAGUAGAUGAAAACCAACUAGCUAGUGCAGCUAAAGGACCAUCUUACAAUGAAAGAUCUGCCUUACGGUAUGUCAGUUGAAUAUUCUCGUAUGGGUCAAGAUAAGACAUUUUUCUGGUAGUCUACUGUAAAUCUGAGACAAUUUUAGUGGCACUAACAUUGUUUUAGGUUCUUGGGCACCUU